CGUAGUUGUAGUUUUGCGCCCUAAGUACAGCUAACUGGUCUCGGACAUGAAGAUGACAGAAGGAAGCGACGGCGGAAAAUCCGUCAUAACAAUGGAAGACGUUCAAAAUCUAAUUAAAAAGAAAGACGACAUCGAAGAGCAGAUAAAAGCUUAUUACGACGUCUUGGAUGAUGGUGUUGGAGUUGCAAGUCCCUUGGUUGACGCAGACGGAUACCCACGUGCGGAUGUUAACUUAUACCAGAUCAGGGCAGCAAGACACAGUAUUUCCUGCCUGCAGAAUGAUCACAAGGCCAUUAUGCUGGAGAUAGAAGACGCCCUGCACAGGCUGCACGCACGAGAGAAAGCCAAGCGUGAGCAGGAUGAGGCAGAAGCCCAGGCAGAGGCUUUGGCGCAUGAUGUUACUCUGCCCUCUCCCUUUGCCCGAGUGGAGGUUGUAACACAAGGCUCCCCUGCCAGCAGAGCUGACAUCCGAGUUGGUGAUGAGAUAAUUGAGUUUGGUUCUGUGAACACAGGCAAUUUUCAGAAUCUUCAGAAUAUUGCUUCAGUGGUCCAACAUAGUGAAGGGAAACCUUUACGUGUUACAGUGAUUCGAAAUGGCCAGCGAACUCAGAUGACCUUUACUCCACAGCGAUGGUCAGGGAGAGGCCUACUUGGAUGCAACAUUGUUCCUAUCCAGAGAUGAUCAUCAUCAGACUGCGGAAGAGUCAACUGUAGAGAAUUUCUCCCAGCAUAGCUAAUUUGAAUAAUUACACAAUGCAAAGAAAUUUUUCAGAUUGUUCAUAUUAUGCAGAGUUACUAUUUGAAAUGUUUUCUGCUAAAAUUGGCGCUCUCUAGUGGGAUGUGAGGAAAUAAAGUAUCAUGUUACUUCCAUGUUAAACACAGUUCUACAUUUACGCCAACUGUACCAACUAAAUAUUUAGAGAGCCUUUCAUCCCUCAGACCAAAGAUUUUUUUUUUCAGUUCACAAAGGGCAACUUAGCAUUUGUUGUUGGUUGUCUAAAUGAAAGGCCAUGGCACUGCCUGAAUUAAAUGCCCAGGGAGAUCACAGCUCAGCUUUUAUACAUACACUGAUGAGCCAAAACAUUAUGACCACCUGCCUAAUACGCGGUUGGUCUUCCGUGUGCCGCCAAAAUAGCACCGACCCGCCGAGGCAUAGACUCUACAAGAACUCUGAAGGUGGCCUGUGGUAUCUGGCACCAAAACAUUAGCAGCAGAUACUUCAAGUCCAGUAAGUUGUGAGGUGGAGCCGCCAUGGAUCGGACUUGUCCACAUCCCACAGAUAGAUGAUCAAUUGGACCAAGAUUUGGAAAAUUUGGAGGUCAGGGCAACAGCUUGAAUCAUGUUCCUCAAACCAUUCCAGAACCAUGUGUGUAAUGUGGCAGGACACAUCCUGCUGAAAGAGGCCACUGCCAUCAGGGAAUACCAUUGCCAUGAAGGUGUGUACCUGGUCCGCAAUCAUGUUUAGGUAGGUGCCAUGUGUCAAAUUUAUAUCCACAUGAAUGGCUGGACCCAAGGUUUCUCAGCAGAGCAUUGCCCAGAGUAUCACACUCCCUCUGCCGGCUUGUUGUCUUCCCAAAGUGCAUCCUGGUGCCAUCACUUCCCGAAGUAAAUGGCACACAUGUACACGGCCAUCCACGUACUCUAAAAGAAAACUCAACCAUUCAGACCAGGUGACCUUCCACUGCUCCAAGGUCCAGUUCUGAUGCUCAUAUUCCCAUUGUAGGGGCUUUCGAUAGUGGACUGGGGUAAUUAUGGGCAGUCUGCGGCUAUGUAGCCUCAUAUGCAGCUGGGCGCGAUGCACUGUGUUGUGACACAUUCCCCCCAUAACCAUCAUUAAAAUUUUCUGUGACUUGUGCCACAGUAGACCUUCUAUUGGUUUGAACCAGACAGGAUAGCCUUAGUUGCCCUCGUGCAUCGAUGAGUCUUGGGUGCCCAACACCCUGUCACCGAUUUGUGGUUUGUCCCUCCUGGGACACCACUGCUGACUGGGGUGCUCCCAGUCAUGGUUUUAAAAGUGCUAUAUGAAUAAAAAUUUCCUUGCUUGCUUAUUUACAAUCUCCAGGGGUUCUCAAACUUUUCCAUGCCGAGGCCCUCCAAAUGGCAUUAGUUUCUGGCUGGGGCCUCCGCUUUGCAAGAUGUCUUUAAACCCCAUUGACAAUACUAUGGCAAAUGUGAAAAGAAAAAACUUGGAAUAUAUUUCCUUUUAUUAAUGCAAUAAUGAUUACAUUUGUAUUUCAAUCUUUAAUUAUUCCAUGUGACGAACCACUCUCCCUGGUGGGAG